CUCUUCCCCGCCAUUUCACGGUGAGUUGCAGCUGCGCCCAGUUCUUACUCACUUAUUGCGCAUCCAUCGGUGCGCAGUCUUUACUAAUACAGGAAAGCCAGGGUAUAAAUAAGAGGCGCUGCGUUCAACUGGUUGUGAUCCAGAAGUCUCUCAAUCAAUGGAAAACACAAUUACGGAAGCCAUAAAUGCAGUAUAUGCGCCAAGACGAAGAACAGUACCUCGGUAGCUUACAACACUAGCUAAGCUUGCAUGGGAUUCAACAUAAGUGACCAACACACUGAGGGAUUGAAGAGUGUUGCUGAAAGUGUAAGCGACCACUGCGUUACUGUCACCAUGCUGAAGGCACGAGACCUGCUGUACCAUGACCCAGAGCGGGUAAAGGUACCUCUUCUGUCGACCAGAGGCAACAAAUACGACACUAACGUCAGUGAGAAUGUUAGUGAUGACCGUCACAGCCAAAGCGAGGGAACACACUCGUCAUAUAAGCAGCAGGUUAAUAAGGUCAACCACAAGCACCAUGACCUCUUGUUGACUGACACCUUGCUGUCUUACUUGGCUAUUAAAGGGUAAUUAAGAAUGUUAUCUCAAAGAUGAUCUGAACUCAAUAGCUGUGAACCUCUUCUAAAUAAUAAUAUAAAAUCCUGAAA